AUGAGGUUUUACAAAAAUCUAAAAUCAUUCUUAAUUUUACAGAACAUAAAUUUAAACGACCACUUAGAAAAGGCCAAGAAGGACAUUUUAAAAGCAAUCCCCGAUCCCGACUUCUCCGGCCCAGCAAUAAUCGAUUACGAAAAGUGGAGACCCGAAUGGUCCUUGAAUUGGGCAGCUCGACGGAUUUACCAAUUGGAAUCGACAAAAGACGUUCUUGAACGUUUCCCAGGAAUUAGCGAAAAAUCGGCGACAGAAAUAGGCCGAGAAUUGUUUAAUAAAAGAGCGAGGAAAUUUACUGUUGAAACGAUUAGAUUGGGAAGGAAAUUACGCCCAAAAGCUUUGUGGGGGUUUUAUGAUACGCCUUUGUGUAAUUAUGAUGCGGGUGAACGAUGGCCUGUUGGUUGUUUGGAAUUGUUUAGAAAACAUAAUGACAAGUAA